AUGUUCCCGGGCCGGCCAUUGUGCGCGCCGGUUCCCUCUGCGGGUGACGGCUCUGAUCGUCCGGCUCUCCCGCGCCUUUCCCUCUUCUCUGAGACCGGCGGACGGGACUCUGUCCCAGAGGCUGCAGGUGCCGGCGCCGGCGCCGGCCCCGACCCCCACAUGUGGUUGUGGGAGGAGCAGGGGGGCCUGUUGGCCUCCUUCUCCUUCCUGUUCGUUCUGCUGUUGAUCCUGACCCGCAGCCCCUUCAACUCGUGCCUCUUCACCUUCAGCUUCUACCUGCUGCUGCGCUUCUUAAGCUUCGAGCCGGUGCCCAGCCGCCGGGCCCUGCAGGUGCUCAGGCCCCGCGGCCGCAUCUCUGCCAUCGCCCACCGCGCUGGCGGCCACGAUGCCCCUGAGAACACGCUGGCCGCGAUUCGGGAGGCAGCUAAGAAUGGAGCAACAGGUGUGGAGCUGGACAUUGAGUUUACUGCAGAUGGUGUUCCUGUCCUAAUGCAUGAUGAGACAGUAGACAGGACUACUGAUGGAACGGGACGUUUGAGGGACUUAACAUUUGCUGAUGUUAGGAAGCUUAAUCCAGCAGCAAACCACAGAUUGAAGAAAAAUUUCCCUGGUGAAAAAAUACCUACUCUGAAGGAAGCCAUUGUGGAAUGCCUACAUCAUAACCUCACAAUCUACUUUGAUGUCAAGAGCCAUGCAACUAUGGCUGCUGAUGCUCUAAAACAUAUGUAUAUGGAAUUUCCUAAGUUAUACAACGUCAGUGUUGUCUGCUCUUUCAUGCCAGAAGUUAUCUAUAAGAUGAGGCAAGCAGACCGUAAUGUUGUGACAGCUUUAACUCAUAGACCUUGGAGCCUUAGCUAUUUUGGAGAUGGGAAACGACGCUUUGAUUCUCUUUGGAAGCAUUUUUUAUAUAUGCUGUUGGAUAUUCUCCUAGAUUGGAGUUUGCAUAAUGUCUUGUGGUACCUUUGUGGAGUUUCAGCUUUCCUCAUGCAGAAGGAUUUUGUAUCUACGGCCUAUUUGAAGAGGUGGUCAGCUAAAGGGAUUCAUGUUAUUGCUUGGACUGUGAAUACCUAUGAAGAGAAAAAAUUCUACGAAAGCCAUCUUCAAUCCAGUUAUAUAACUGACAGCAUGUUAGAAGACUGUAGCCCUCAUUUCUAGACCACUACCCUUUUGCAAGGACUCUGGUCUCAGAAACCUCUGCUGUCCUUAUUCAAGGAAAUCUAAAUACUCAGAUGUAGCCCUGAGUUCUUGAGGAUCAGGUGAUUCACAGAAGUAUUAGUCAGAAAUUGCAUUUUAACUUGAAUCAGAGCAGAAUGGUGUGGUUGGUACCAAAUUCCAUAGUGUGCUUGAGUUCAUCAUGGCUGAUUUUUGGGAAUUGGGUCUGUGAGGAGGUUUGCCACUGCUUGCUCCUAAUCCAACUGAGUUAUAUACAGAGACUCAGUAGUGAUAAGCACAGAUUCAUGUAAUUUGUACAUGUUUUAAAAAAUGACUGCAAAUGUAUGCAAAAUGCAUGUUGACUUAGACUGGACUUUUCUUACUUUUCACACUUAAUGUAUUCUUCCACUAUUUGUAUUUGGCAAUGUUGAACAAUGUAUUAUGGAAGUCAGAUUUGGGAACCAUACUAAUAAAAUUGUUAAAAUGGAUAUUAAGCAUACAACGCCCCAAGUAACAAAACAAUUUGAGAAAGAUAUGGGAUGUAAUGCAUUGGACAGAGUUUGCUUUUUUUAUGUUAAUACAAAGCCCCAUCAAGUGUGUUGGGCAGGCUAAUUAUUAACGUUUAUAGCAAUUUAAACACAAAUCAUAGGAAAGUAUUGAAACUUGCUGGUAAGAUUGUUUUAAAGCAAUUGAGAUAGAUAGAUAGAACUGUAUUACCUAGUCACAACAAAUGACAGUCUUUUUUUAGACCCUCAUGAAUUUCUACCACAUAACUUCCAUUGCUACUUCAAGUAAAUUAAAUUAUAUGAUACCUCUAUAUUAGUUUAAGGGUAAACAUCUUGGGAAUUCUUCAUAAAUGGCCUCUCUUAGCCCUCCUACUGAAUCUCCUUACCAAAAAAGAAACGAACCAUUCUUUUUAGUGAAAGCCAUUCUUUUCUAAAGCUUUAUUCCAGGCUGAAGGAUAACAUAGCUAAGAAUAACCUCCUUAAGUCAGUCCUAAUUGACCUACUGCCAAUUGCAUUGCUCCUAAGUAAUUCCAGAUUUCUCUUUAACUUCAUUCUAUUUAUCUGCCAGCCCCAGCUCUCAAUGCUAUCUCUAGCACUUAAGUUGAAAACACUUUUGAGGAUCAUAGGCCUAUAGAAAAAAUAUUUGAAAUACACUUCAGUGUAUCAGGAAUUUAUCAACUCUUCUUGCCUUCGCAUUUGUGCUGCCUUGAGCUCCAAUCUCACUCAUUCUAAUCCAGCUGCUUUUACUAUUUGUUCUCUUUAUUACUAUUUCUACUUCCUGUAAGCACAUCCAGUACUGUAAGGGCAGAAUGAAAGGGUGGUGGGUCAACUGUCAUCAAUGGUAAAAGUAAUAUAAAAAUAUUUGCAGGUCGUUUUCAUUUUUAUUUGUUGCCCUUCCAUUUUCAUCCUUUUUGCCACUGUGAUAGAAAUUAAAGUUCCCUAUGGAUGAUGAGA